AUGGGAGGAGUAUACGUAUUGGGGGGCGAUUGGUUGCCGGAUGCGGGUAAUCGAAAGGUGUUGACGGAGUUGCCUCCACAAUUGGCGGAGGCGAGGGUUUGUGGCCUGAUGCAGACAAGGAGGAGGGAGUGGGAUGGGGCGGUGGUACGUGAUGUGUUGAGUGAGAGAGAUGCGAGAUUGGUGCUAACCAUUCCUUUGUCUACGCAAGAGAGACGAGACUCGCUAUAUUGGAUGGCGGAGAAGAGGGGGCGUUUCACGGUGAGGAGUUGUUAUAGGGAAUUGGUUGGGGAAUAUGAGGGAGAUGGGUGGAUGGGGUGGACGAAGCGGUUGCUUGCCAACGCGGAAGCUCUACGUAACAGAUGGGUAGAGUGUUCUCGGAUCUGCCCUCUAUGUGAUGAGGAGGAGGAGACCAGUGUGCAUGUCUUCUUUACGUGUAGGGUGGCGCAGAGGUGUUGGGCGAAGGUGAGGGUGGAGUUCGCAGGUGAUGUGAGGCAGUCAAUACAAACAGCGUUCCAGUAUAUGUUCUCGGUCAUGGAUGCGGAUAGACUGGGGUUUGCGUUGAUUGUUUGUUGGAGCUUAUGGCAGUGCCGUAAUGGUGCUGUGUGGAGAGGAGAGGCCGUGACUGAGGACUGA